AGCCAGAGUAGCUUGGAGAGAAGAGAAGGGGUGCGCGCAAUAUGGGAGGGUGAUUCUCGAACAUCUUCAGCUAACAGUUCUCAUGAUGAUGGUCGGAAAAGUAGGGGCGAUACGGUUGCGACCUUUUCGUUUUUUAAACUAGCGCUAGCUACGUCUAGCCUUUUCUACAAGAGGCAGUUCUGAAAAGGGGACGAUAAGGUGAUGUGCUGCAUGGUGCCAUGUGAAUGACAGAACCACAAUGAAGUCGUCACACAAGCUGCUGUUCGUCCUGUGCCCCAUGCUGGUCCUGGGCUUCAUCUACUACUCCUCUGGGAAGCUACACCUACACGUAUGGGGCCAGAAGCCACAGAUUGAUUCGGAGUCCACUCUCAUAGUCCCGACUAAAGGUCAAAGCACCACAGAGUUGGAAGCGGACGUUGCUCUCACCGUGGGACAAAUAGUAGGCUCAGUGUAUGAUAAGCAGGGCUUUCUGCUGAAGCUGGAUGCAAAGUUGUCAGCAGAAUUGGCGUACAAGUAUGGCAACCUCAGCGAAGGAGUGUGCAAGCCAGGCUACGCAGCUGCCAAGAUGACUGCCAUCUAUCCAAAGUUCAUGAAGCCAGCUCCCAUGUUUCUUGACCGGAACUUCAAGCGUCUGGCCAAAGUCAGCAGUUACUUACCUCCAUUUGGAUUCAAAACACAAGAAACAAUCAUAGACAUUAUUCUAACUGCCACAAAGAACUAUGGGCUGGGUCAAGACGUUGACAGUUUAAUUUGUAAAAGAUGCAUUAUCGUGGGCAAUGGUGGUAUCCUGGCUAAUAAGUCUCUGGGCUCCCGAAUAGAUGAUUACGACAUUGUGGUGAGGUUGAACGAGGCUCCGGUGACUGGUUUCGGCAAGGAUGUGGGCACCAAGACCACCAUGCGUAUUACCUACCCCGAGGGUGCCAUCCAGAAGCCUGAGCGAUACGAGAAGGACUCGCUCUUCGUCUUCUCUGCCUUCAAACCGCUGGACUUCAAGUGGCUCAGACAGAUGGUCUUCAGAGAGAAGCUGCGUGGUACAGAGGGCUUCUGGAAGUCAGUGGCCCGUUACGUCCCGAAGGAGCCCACAGAGAUGCGCAUCCUCAACCCCUACUUCAUCCAGGAGGCUGCCUUCCAGUUCAUCGGCCUGCCACUCAACAACGGCCUCAUGGGGAAAGGGAACAUUCCAACCCUGGGUACGGUCGCCAUAACGAUGGCCCUGCAUAACUGUGACGAGGUGGCGGUGGCCGGCUUCGGCUACGACAUGAACACGCCCCACGCGCCCUUGCACUACUACGAGACGGUCAAGAUGUCCGCCAUCAAAGAGUCCUGGACACACAACAUAUCCAAGGAGAAGGAGUUCCUCCGCAAGCUGGUGAAGGCCAACGUUAUCACGGACCUGACCAACGGCAUUUGAGUCUAACUGUCCC